AUGGCGACCUGGUUAGAAAGAUCAUUUCUUCUCAGGCUUGUUCGUGAGUAUAAUCUUGUGUCUUUGUAUAUUCAGUCCUUUUGGCAUUUUGUGGACCUCGAUUGUGAAAUCAUCAGUGAUGAUAAUUCAACAUUUCAAACUAAUCAGUUCUCGUGCGGACUUUCACUCUCUGGCCGCCAAUUAUAUGACUACCUUUCCACAAAAUGAUAUUUUCCUGGAAACAUUCACCACUUGCUCUCGGCUUUAAGUUGUUAAACUUCAAUCAGCUCGAGUGUGUUACAAAGUAAGAAACAGGCUUAAUUCCUGUUAGCUGUAAAACCGGGGUUCCAUACGAUCGUGACAGGAUUGUGAGGAAUAACGGUAAUAGCUUCUAAUCCUGUUAAAAAAGUACCGUGACAUCCGCACAGCAUUUCAAUGCAUGACCGGAUGUACUCCUCCGUUUAAAUUUCAAUUCGGUACGUACACAAAAUCAGUGUUAAGAACUCAGUGAUCAGUCUUUUAAUUAAAAACUUCAUCCCUUAAUUUAUAACGCAAAGCUACUAAUGAUGGACCAAGUUGAUUUUCUUUCAAUUAAAAUCGGUGAAAAAAAAAAAAUGGAGGAGGUCGUUAAAACUGUUAUAACAAUCAUUUCGCGAGUACUUUGGUAAUCAAUUAUUGAUUCACCGAGUCUAGGAAGGCCACCACACAUUUAUCUCCAGUACAUCGUUUCCCAGGCGAGCGGAAAAAAGAGCGAGACGUGCACGAAGCGUGGGUCAAAAGCGAGAAGAGAAGCUUGUGUGCGUCCCUCAUUCGUGCAUCCAUCCUUUGCGCUUGCUUUGCACUAAAUUCAGACCAACUAUAAAACACACACAAAAAGGAACCUCUUCUGUUGGCUACCAGUGCGUUAGCAUCUUGAUAGAUUUAUGAGAAUAUGAGCGACUCGUUCCAUCCUAUUUCUUCGAUUCGCUUCAUAUGCUUUCAAUCACUGAAUUUAUAAACUGGUAGAUUUUAUGAGUCAUUUUGAUAUAAAACUUUUUUCACAGAUUUCUUUAACCUGUUACGCAUCUUUGUUUUAAGCGGUGAGUUGAAAAUAAUUAUUUGUUAAAUACUUUAAUACCAAAUAGAUUUUAUGCUGCCUUGGGUCUGUUCAGUAAUUGAUCACAUAUGACAUCAAAAUAAGGCAGGAACGAAACAGAUCCUUACCACAUUUAUUAGUCGUCUGUGAUUUAUUACUGUACAGACCCACGGAAACAUGGAUUCAAUUUGUUUUAUGUGAUAACGAAGAAUUGGUGGGAAAAAAAUUAAUAGUAACGUUAUCCUUGCGUUUAUCCUCUAUGCAAUAGAUCAAAAACAAGAACCAGUCAAAAUACGUGUUUAAUUCAGCUUAUCAUAUAGAGGCUGUUAACACUCCGCAACGACUUAUUGAAAACUAAACGGGUCAUAAAUCAUUACUUCUUAAACAUUUUCAUUGUUCUCGUGUUUAUGUUUUUUUGUGCUUUGUUUAAACUGGAGGAUAGUUUUCGAGGUCUAAACAACGAACAAUUGCAAACAAACAAGUCAAAUACCUGAUGGUACCGGUCCCUCAAGGCCUCUGUCAUCCUAUCUACAUGAACUGUCUACGUAAAUGUACUACGGUCCGAAAUUAAUGGAAUGCGCACCCACCCCUCCCUCAACCCAAGAAUGGUCAAAUGAUAACAAGUUAGAGUUAAUGCUGGAUUAGGGGAGGGGUGGGUGCGAAGUUGCUCAAAUACUAACAGAUCCAAACAAUGAAUAGUUUUAUCCUCUUCUUACAGAAACAAGAUGCUCCAGAAACAAAACUUCAAAUCUGAACAAUAACAUAUUUUUGACUAAAUCAUCUGACACAUUUUGUAGCCCUGAUUACGACACUUCUGAAGCCUAUCCCGGAAAUCUAACCUGUACAUGGGUUAUUUCUCUUCAAGAGAAGAGGAUAAAGCUUUCUUUUCUAACAUUUGACCUUCAAAACGCCAGUCCUGCUUGCCAAGAUUGCGAUUUUGUGUCGGUUCGGGACGGGAAAUACUCAAAUAGUCCAGUUAUUGGAACGUUUUGUGGUAGCAGAAUACCCAAUGACGUCCUCUCAACCGGAAAUCACAUGUGGAUUCACUUCCGUUCAGACGGGUCUGUGGAGAAGCGAGGCUUUAAGAUGUCAUAUACCACAUAUGAUACUUCGAAUGGUAAGUUCACUCAAUCAUAUCCCACCUGAGACGGCGGGCAGGCGGCAGGCGGCAGGCGGUUAUGACCUAACAAGCCUUGGUCGAAGCGGAUUUUUUCGGUGGAGCAGUCAUAUAACUUUCCACCAUUUUUUACCUCGAAGUUUGCUAGAAAGCAUUAGACAUAGGUUCGCGUUUAAGAAAAUCGUACGUAGCCUACAAAAAAAUCAAUACGACCUAGAACCGCGUUUGCGCUUUUGCCUUUUCCGCAUUCAAUGGUGACACAACCAAAAUCCUGAGACCCCUUUCAGGCGAUAAAUAAAGUUCGGCCCUUAAACGUAAUGCUCUAAGGUGUACUUCACCUUUAAGAAUAUCUGAAAGGGUCUUCUAAGCAUGGCCUGAUGUGAAUGUUUCAUUUUUUAUCUUUGCUCCAGGUCUAUCAGCUGUUUCUUUUCUUGUGGCAUCGGCCGUCGUAGUUUUCAUUUUAAUUCUAGUUGGUGUUGUGGCUUCGGCAAUAAAAAGGAGAAACUCUCUUUCAUCAACCCGCGUCAAAGUCUAUAAAACCAGGCCGGGAAUAACAAUCAAGGUUUCUCCUGCUACACCAAUAGAAAAUCGGAGUAAAGCAUCGUUACAUAAUGACACAGUUACAGAUAGUAAUUUAGUUCUUCCCAAG